AUGGAGUAUCGUGUACGGAAGCGAGAUAUGAGCGGUACUGGACGUCUACCAUGCUCACUAGAGAAGGUUUUACCGAACGCGACCGUCCGUCGCUUCUUACUACGUGCGGGUUUUCGCUUCAGCUCGGACCGCGCUGCCGUGCAGGUCCGACGCCACGUGAGCGACUUCUUUCGUCGUAUUGUGGGCUGUAUGGUGGUCAUGAUGCAGCACGACGGCCGUCGAAGCUUCCGUCUUAUUGACGUCAAGCGUGCGUGCGAACACUUUGGUAUUCGUAUGUACGGCUACGACGACAUGUGUCUGCUGGCUGCUAGCCGCAUGUGUGGGCCUCAGUCCUACCAUGUGACUGAGCUCGUGGAGAGCAACUCCAUUUUCAGUCGCCCUAUCGACACGCUUGAAGAGCCUGAUACAGAGCCUGGUGCACGAUAUAAGAAGACGGAUUUUGUGGCGAAUUACACGUCGUGGAAGGAAGAAAUGGGGGAACUAGAAGACGAGGUGAGCGAGCCCAGCGAAUGGUCCUUCUCUGAUAGUGAUACAGAGGUAGAAGACGAGCGAGAUAUUGGUAUUGAGACCAUGCAUUCUUGGCAACCUGAUGAAGAGAUGUUUAUUGCGUCGCUACGUGACGCACAGGAGUUUGUGAACGACAAUCUACUCCAUGAACCGGAAGAUGAGGAUGGAGAUUGUGAGAGUCAACCUGGUCAGGGGUAUUAUUCGGAUUAUGAUGAUAGCUAUGAGCCAGAGUACUUGGAAAUGCAACAAGCUCAAGAGGAGAAUGAAGAUGCACAGUGGAAUGAGGUUGGUGAACUCUAUGUUCUGCAGAAUGGCGAAGAUAGGGACCCUGCCGAGUUGCAGAACUUCAGUAGUAGUCCCAAUCUGUACGUUAUUUCACGCCAGGAGUUUCUGCGUGUUUAUCGCACGCUUCUUAGCCUUACGCUGAGACUGGGUGAGCUACAGAUUAGUUCGGUUGCGCUGAGUGCCUUACACAAUGCGACCGAGCAGUGUCUCCAUCGUUCACUUACUGAAGGUUCACUUCACUAUCAACUAGCUGCUAUCUUAAAGGACCAGGAACGUGCCCACUCGACGAGUCAGCUCGAGUCAGAACUUCAAAUGCAGCGCGAGAAGGUAAAUGAGCUGUGUAAGACCAUUGCUGCUAACAAGACCGCAUUCAAGGCUAAGGAAUUGGCGAUGCAGAAACAGAUUGAACAGCUAACGAAACAACUACAAGGCCGACACGACGUGCAGAUGCAGACACCUCCCAGUCUCAAGAAGAAGUCACCCGCAAAGCGAAAAGCCACCAGUAAGAAAUCUCGUAAUGCCCGGAAGGGUCUAUCUGAAUCCUCAAAGGUUUCUACGUCCGUAGUAGGUGCGCUCCGCUCACGGGAUCAGAACCGCUCGAGCAAGAAGAAGGUUAAAGUCUGUCUUGUUUAA